GCUCCGUCACACUCUUCCAUUCCGCAGCUUUUCUUUUCUCUUCGCUGAGUUCAGCCAUGGCGAUUAACAAACGAAACCCUAAUUUCCUCCCUCUAAUUUUUCUCUCUUUCUUUGUCAUCGCCUCUGCUAAAGUAUUCUUCGAAGAACGCUUCGAAGAUGGAUGGGAAAGUCGGUGGGUAACAUCUGACUGGAAGAAAGAUGAGAACAUGGCUGGGGAAUGGAAUUACACUUCUGGAAAAUGGAACGGAGAUCCUAAUGACAAAGGUAUUCAAACUAGUGAAGACUACAGAUUCUUUGCUAUUUCGGCUGAGUUCCCAGAAGUUAACAACAAGGACAAGACUCUAGUCUUCCAAUUUUCUGUCAAACAUGAGCAGAAGCUUGAUUGUGGUGGUGGCUACAUGAAGCUGCUCAGUGGUGACAUUGACCAGAAGAAAUUUGGUGGUGAAACCCCAUACAGCAUUAUGUUUGGGCCUGAUAUCUGUGGCUACAGCACCAAGAAAGUUCAUGCUAUUCUUACCUACAAUGGGAAAAACCAGUUAAUCAAAAAGGAAGUUCCCUGUGAGACUGACCAACUCACUCAUGUUUAUACGUUCAUUCUUCAUCCGGAUGCUACAUACAGCAUCCUUAUUGAUAAUGUUGAGAAACAAACUGGUAGCUUGUACACUGAUUGGGAUCUUCUCCCACCAAAGAAAAUCAAGGACCCAGAGGCUAAGAAGCCUGAAGAUUGGGAUGAAAAGGAAUACAUCCCUGAUCCUGAAGAUAAGAAGCCAGAGGGUUAUGAUGACAUUCCAAAAGAGAUCCCUGAUCCUGAUGCUAAGAAGCCUGAAGAUUGGGAUGAUGAAGAAGAUGGUGAAUGGACACCCUCAACAAUUCCCAACCCUGAGUACAAGGGCCCAUGGAAGCCAAAGAAAAUCAAGAACCCCAACUACAAGGGCAAGUGGAAGGCACCAAGGAUUGACAACCCAGAUUUCAAGGAUGAUCCUGAUCUCUAUGUUUUCCCCAACUUGAAGUAUGUUGGUAUUGAAUUGUGGCAGGUGAAAUCUGGAACAAUGUUUGAUAAUAUCUUAGUUGCUGAUGAUAUAGAGUAUGCAAAGAAACUGGCUGAAGAAACAUGGGGCAAGCACAAGGAUGCUGAGAAGGCAGCAUUUGAGGAGGCAGAGAAAAAGAAAGAGGAGGAGGAAUCAAAGGAUGACCCAGUUGAUUCUGACGACGAAGAUGAUGACAGUGAUGAUGCUGAAGGAAACAAAUCUGAUUCUGAUACCAAAUCAGACGCAAGCGAAGACAGUGCUGAGAUAAAGGAAGAGACGGAGGAAGAUGUACAUGAUGAGCUGUAAGGCGAAGUGCACUGCAAUAGUUGCUGACAAUUUGGUUUGGAGAUAAAAGCACCAUAAAAGUGCUCUUAAAAAGUUUUCCAUUUUUUUUUUAAUUUGUAGCUGUAGGACUAGGAAAAAAGAAUUUGAGGCUGUAUUUGCUUGCAAAGGAAUUGCGACUGAUUGCCUUGUUAAUCUGAUUUUAACUGCCUUUAAAACAAAGAGGAGGAUGUUUUUUUUUUUUUUUUGUUAUGGUCAGAUUUAUGAAAUAGUUUGAACAAUUCAAGUGCUAA